CCAAAUCGGGCGGGCCGAUUUCUAUGUCGCCUGCUGCACUAGUGGCGCCAAAAAAGUCCCCGUUAUCACGUAGGACAAAUUAUCAGGUGCCGAUAUAGCUAUCCCCCUUGCAGGCUGUGUGACCACAUGCAUGCGAUAGCUGACGUCAUAUCAGUCACUGGCUUCAUACUAGUCUUUUUCAUAGUAUCUCUGCAAAAGCCCCUGCGAACACACAAAUGGAUGGGUUUCCGCACUAUAUUCAUUGGCCACAUAAUGUCCUCAGCACGCACCAAGGACGGUUGCUUUACAUGUCGAGUUCGUAGGAAGCGAUUCUGGGUCCCUUGUGAAGAAUGCUUUAACCUUCGUCUCCAAUGCCUGAAAAGUCAUGGACAAGCUCGGCCCGCGUGGCUGACGGAAAAGGAUUAUAGGAAGUGCAUGGUCGUGAACGCGAUCGCUCAAUGGAACAGCGAUCCAAGAAAUAAGUUAGGCGAUAAAAUCCUCAACCUCAAGCAAUUUGAAUUCGCACCACCUCCCAGUUUCCACGACUCGGGUUCAGGUUCCCAGCAUACUCGCUCGACAGUGAAACCCUUGGAGAAUCCCCGCUCCCAAACGUUGGGAACUGGUUGGGGUGGUGAGGACCUCUCGAGGUACGGCACUGGCCCUCCCAACGGGGUAGCAGCCAGCUCCCAGGAAUCCUCCAUGGAUACGCGGCAGUUAAUAAUCGGAAGCGACCGAUACGUACAGCCCUUCAUGGGUGCGUGGCGGAUCGGACACGACCAACCGCCCGUCGCCGAUCUAAGCUACAUCCAUCCGCCUUCUCACCCACCGUUUCAAGAAUACGGGUCCAUCCCUCCAGCGUACUCACUCGGUAAUGAUGCCCGGGAGUGGCAUCCCUGCUUCCACUUCGGGGGGUAGGCAGGUGAUCAACCUCUCUUUAAUGGGAAGUGGCGAGGACCCCUUUAUUCAACCUACUUCCCUUGUGGAUUCUGCCUAGGAGCGAUGGCGAACCACAGAUUUUAUGGAAGGGCCCCAUAUUUCCCAAGUCAUGUCAAAACUCCUAGUUGUUGGAAAUCGUACGUCUUUGUUGUGCUGUUGAAAAAUUCAUUUAUGACAUCCGAUGUAUAUGUAUGCGUAACGUGUCGUGUAUGUACCAUCAGCCCAAUGGGUGGCGCCUAAAUGUUGUAAUUCGAUGUCGCACUAAGGUA